AUGGAGAGCGAUCUCUUCCUUCCUUUCGGGUUCAUCCCACUUCCCCUCUCGCAGAUUUUCGCUCUCACAAGUCUUUCGUUUUGCUCGGUAAACUUGAAACCCUUCUCUCCAGGACAUGUUCUCGUGAUUCCUCGCAGACCUGUUCCCACGCUCGAUGAUUUAACCGACGAGGAAAUGACGGAUUUGAUGCUUCUCGUGAAGAAAACGGCGCGGAUGCUGAGGAAAGUGCAUCAUGCAGAUGCAGUGACGGUGUCGGUGCAGGACGGACCGGCAGCGGGGCAGACGGUCCCUCAUGUAGGUUUUUUAUGGGUGACGUGGAUGUGA